AUGGUGAGUGAGCAAGCAAAUUUCUUUCUGGCUCAUGUUUUGAUUAGAUAUUACAAGUAUUUACCAAGUUUUGUAGCUUGAUAUUAAAGAUGUAGCAGUUUAAUUUAUACAGAAAAUACGAUUUUAUGUAGUUGUUACAUUUUAGAAACUCAUUCGUUGUAUAAAACCCUCAUUAUUGUCAGCUAACGUUAGCUAGCUGUUAGCUCUUACAUUGACUAACGUUGCAGCGUUCAGUUUGCCGGUAGCUAGCUAUCUAGCUAGCUUGCAUGUUGAUACCCGAUCAAGAAAUACAUUUACAUUUACGUCAUUUAGCAGACGCUCUUAUCCAGAGCGACUUACAAAUUGGCGCAUUCAAAUACAUAGCAGCGAUUACUAAUCGUAGUUAAUCAUCAUACUCUGACAAUUUAGUACUCGAUGUUGAGUCUGUGGCCAGUUUACAGUAACUAAAGAUGUCAAUCAAGUCUAACGUUACCAACAAUAAGUAUGGUUCAAGGUUCAUCGAUUUAUUUAUUAUACCUCCCAGGAUAUGUAGCUAACUAGCAAACUUGUAUGAUUUCAGGGUCAAAGCCAGAGUGGGGGCCAUGGACCUGGUGGAGGCAAGAAGGAUGACAAGGUGAGCAUGACAUGGCAACAACCAGAGCCUCUGACAACAUCAUCUCUAUAGCUACCAGCUGAAUCUUUCAGAUUUCUGUGUUAACCUGCAUUAUUCUACUGCCACAAAACAUGGCCCCAUAUCAUAUGUCAACAGGACAAGAAGAAGAAGUAUGAGCCUCCCAUCCCCACCAGAGUUGGGAAGAGGAAGAAGAAGAGCAAGGGACCAGAUGCGGCCAGCAAGCUACCUUUAGGUAGCGUUACUAAUGUCCCCUCACUUAGAGAAAUGGUUAUCUUUAUAAAUAACCUAUCAACUCAAUAUCUAGCUUGGCGUUUUACGUCUUUUUCUGUAUGUCAUUUCUCACUCGCUUGUCAAGAGAAACAAUAUUGAUAACAUAUGGCAAGGGUAGGCAACUAGAUUCAGCCGCGGGGGCCGGAACAUAAUUAUAAUAAUUAGUACACUGCAAAUUAACCUCAACUAAGCCCAGAAAUAGAUUGUAUUUGAAGAAAAAAAAUCAUUUCAUACCUUGAUUACAUUGAGACACGAUCAUGUCUUAUUUAUUUAUUCGUGGGAAUACUUGGGAACAGAUUUCCUAAACAAUUUUUUUGAGGAUUCCUGGUGAUGUCAAUCUUUUUUGACCAAAACUACCCCCCCCCCCCCCCCCCCCCCCCCCCCACAAAAAAAAAAAUCACUUGGGCUGCCUGUUGCCUACCCCUUAUGUAUGCUAUGUGUGUUUCCCCGUUACGUAUGCAGUCACCCCUCACACCCACUGCCGGCUGAAGCUGCUGAAGCAGGAGAGGAUCAAAGACUACCUGCUGAUGGAGGAGGAGUUUAUCAGGAACCAGGAGCAGAUGAAACCGUUGGAGGAAAAACAGGAGGUACUGACUAAAGAGAUAUAAAAUACUUUAUUAUAUACACUCAGUGACCAGUUUAUUAGGUACAUCACCCCGUUCACGAAAAAGGUCCGCUCCUACAGACAGUGAGUUAUGUGACUGUGGCUUGCUAUAUAGAGCAGGCAGACAGGCAUUGAGGCAUUCAGUUAUUGUUCGAUUGAAAGUUAGAAUGGGCAAAACGAGCAACUUUGAGCUUGGUGUGAUCGUCGGUGCCAGGCGCGUCGGUUCCAGUAUCUCAGAAACGUCCGUCCUCCUGGGCUUGUCACGCACAAGUGUCUAGAGUUUACCGAGAAUUGUGCGACAAACAAAAAACGUACAGUCAGCGGCAGUCCUGUGGACAAAAACAUCUCGUUGAUGAGAGCUCGGAGGAGAAUGGCAAGAAUCGUGCAAGCCGACAGGCGGGCCACAAACAGGCAAAUGAUGGAUCAGAACAACAGUGGUGUGCAGAACGGCAUCCCCGAACUCAUAACUCGUCGAUCCUUGUCACGGAUGGCCUAUUGCAGCAGACGACCACACCGGGUUCCACUCCUAAAAUCAAGAAGAAUAGGCACCAGUGGGCACGCGAUCACCAACACUGUACAAUUGAGGAGUGGAAAAACACUGCCUGGUCCAACGAGUCCUGGUUCCUGUUGAUGGCAGAGUCAGGAUUUGGCGUAAGCGGGAUGAGUCCAUGGCCCCAUCCUGCCUGGUGUCAAUGGUACAGUCUGGUAGCGGUGGUGUAAUGGUGUGGGGAAUGUUUUCCUGGUACACGUUAGGUCCCUUGAUAACAAUUGAGCCACGUUUCCAUGCCCCGAAGAAUUCAGGCUGUUCUGGAGGCAAAGGGAGGUCAGACCCGGUACUAGAUGGGUGUACCUAAUAAACUGGCCGCUGAGUGUAUAAUACUAUAUUAUAUAAACUCAGCAAAAAAAAAAAAAAAAAAACUUUCAGGUCUUCAAAGGUAAUUCGUAAAAAUCCAAAUAACCUCACAGAUCUUCAUUGUAAAGUGUUUAAACACUGUUUCCCAUGCUUGUUCAAUGAACCAUAAACAAUUAUUGAACAUGCACCUGUGGAACGGUCGUUAAGACACUAACAGCUUACAGACGGUAGGCAAUUAAGGUCACAGUUAUGAAAACUUAGGACGCUAAAGAGGCCUUUCUACUGACUCUGAAAAACACCAAAAGAAAGAUGCCCAGGGUCCCUGCUCAUCUGCGUGAACGUGCCUUAGGCAUGCUGCAAGGAGGCAUGAGGACUGCCGAUGUGGCCAGGGCAAUAAAUUGUAAUGUCUGUACUGUGAGACGCCUAAGACAGCGCUACAGGGAGACAGGACGGACAGCUGAUCGUCCUCGCAGUGGCAGACCACGUGUAACAGCACCUGCACAGGAUCGGUACAUCCGAACAUCACACCUGCGGGACAGGCACAGGAUGGCAACAACAACUGCCCGAGUUACACCACGAACACACAAUCCCUCCAUCAGUGCUCAGACUGUCCACAAUAGGCUGAGAGAGGCUGGACUGAGGGCUUGUAGGCCUGUUGUAAGGCAGGUCCUCGCCAGACAUCACCGGCAACAACUUUGCCUAUGGGCACAAACCCACCGUCGCUGGACCAGACAGGACUGGCAAAAAGUGCUCUUUUUCUGACGAGUCGCGGUUUUGUCUCACCAGGGGUGAUGGUCGGAUUUGUGUUUAUCUUCAAAGGAAUGAGCGUUACUCCGAGGCUUGCACUCUGGAGCGGGAUCGAUUUGGAUGUGGAGGGUCCGUCAUGGUCUGGGUCGGUGUGUCACAGCAUCAUCAGACUGAGCUUGUUGUCAUUGCAGGCAAUCUCAACUCUGUGCGUUACAGGGAAGACAUCCUCCUACCUCAUGUGGUACCCUUCCUGCAGGCUCAUCCUGACAAGACCCUCCAGCAUAACAAUGCCAUACUGCUCGUUCUGUGCGUGAUUUCCUGCAAGACAGGAAUGUCAGUGUUCUGCCAUGGCCAGCGAAGAGCCCGGAUCUCAAUCCCAUUGAGUACGUCUGGGACCUGUUGGAUCGGAGAUUGAGGGUUAGGGCCAUUCCCCCCCAGAAAUGUCAGGGAACUUGCAGGUGCCUUGGUGGAAGAGUGGGGUAACAUCUCACAGCAAGAACUGGCAAAUCUGGUGCAGUCCAUGAGGAGGAGAUGCACUGCAGUACUUAAUGCAGCUGGUGGCCACACCAGAUACUGACUGAACUUUUGAUUUUGACCCCCCCUUUGUUCAGGGACACAUUAUUCAAUUUCUGUUAGUCACAUCUGUGGAACUUGUUCAGUUUAUGUCUCAGUUGUUCAAUCUUGUUAUGUUCAUACAAAUAUUUACACAUGUUAAGUUUGCUGAUAAUAAACGCAGUUGACAGUGAGCGGACGUUUAUUUUUUUGCCUAGUUUAUAAUACUAUAUUACUGUAGUUUAUCAGAUGAAACCACUAAAGGAGAAACAGGUACUGAGACGGUAAACUGUCGGACAUUUUACUUUUAAAAAUAUAUAUUUUUUGUAAUUUAUCUGACGCUCUUUUCCAGAGCCACUUACAGUUAGUGCAUUCGUUUUAAGAUAACUAGAUGGGACAACCACAUAUCUCAGUCAUAGUAAGUACAUUUUUCCUCAAUAAAGUUGCUAUCAGCAAAGUCAGAGCUGGGGGGAGUCCCCCAUAGGACCACAGAAGUGCUAUGCCUGACUGUUGUUAUAUCUGUGUCUGUUUGCUAAAUUCAUUUCCCCUUUUCACAGGAUAAUGAUUCACUUGAUUUACUUGAGAAACCUGCCUUAGGGUAUGUCAAUUCAACUAAUAAGUUAUUGUCUUACAUGUUUUUCCUGUGUCUGUUCUCCAGGAGGAGAGGUCCAAGGUGGAUGAUCUGAGGGGAACCCCCAUGUCUGUGGGGAACCUGGAGGAGAUCAUUGAUGAUAACCAUGCCAUCGUGUCUACGUCAGUAGGGUCAGAGCACUACGUCAGCAUCCUCUCCUUCGUAGACAAAGACCUGCUGGAGCCCGGCUGCUCUGUACUACUCAACCACAAGGUACUGACAUAUGUGUCUGCUCUGUACUACUCAACCACAAGGUACUGACAUAUGUGUCUGCUCUGUACUACUCAACCACAAGGUACUGACAUAUAUGGCUGCUCUGUACUACUCAACCACAAGGUACUGACAUAUGUGGCUGCUCUGUACUACUCAACCACAAGGUACUGACAUAUAUGGCUGCUCUGUACUACUCAACCACAAGGUACUGACAUAUGUGGCUGCUCUGUACUACUCAACCACAAGGUACUGACAUAUGUGUCUGCUCUGUACUACUCAACCACAAGGUACUGAUAUAUGUGUCUGCUCUGUACUACUCAACCACAAGGUACUGACAUAUAUGGCUGCUCUGUACUACUCAACCACAAGGUACUGACAUAUAUGGCUGCUCUGUACUACUCAACCACAAGGUACUGACAUAUAUGGCUGCUCUGUACUACUCAACCACAAGGUACUGACAUAUAUGGCUGCUCUGUACUACUCAACCACAAGGUACUGACAUAUAUGGCUGCUCUGUACUACUCAACCACAAGGUACUGACAUAUAUGGCUGCUCUGUACUACUCAACCACAAGGUACUGACAUAUAUGGCUGCUCUGUACUACUCAACCACAAGGUACUGACAUAUAUGGCUGCUCUGUACUACUCAACCACAAGGUACUGACAUAUAUGGCUGCUCUGUACUACUCAACCACAAAGUAAAGAAAAGUGUCUACCCACAGUCAGGAAUGUAGCCUACGUCAAUGCCUCUGAAUUUGGCUUUUUGUUGUCAUUAAUAGUUUUGACUUUAAUUAAUUGCAUUGUAAUCUGAGAUUACUCAUGACUGUGUUUUUAUGUUUUUAAUCUUUGACAAUAUAAUUGUGUGAAGCCAAAGUCCUCAUUAUGUAUUGAUAUUAUUAUGUGUGGGUUGAGUAGUGAGUGACGUUGACUAACUCUGUCCUGUAGGUCCAUGCUGUGAUUGGUGUCCUAAUGGACGACACUGAUCCCCUGGUCACAGUGAUGAAGGUGGAGAAGGCCCCUCAGGAGACCUACGCGGACAUAGGAGGUCUGGACAGCCAGAUCCAGGAAAUCAAGGUACACAACCACAGCCUUUAAUACUACAUAAGGCUUUAUAACACAGCUACUAUCUGACAUAGGAGUACUGGACAGCCAGAUCUACAAGAUCAAGAUACAACAGAGUAGAGGGCAUCACCCUACAUAACAUGGGCUCUAUAACACUACAUAAGACUCUAUAACACUACAUAAGACUCUAUAACACUACAUAGACUCUAUAACACUACAUAGACUCUAUAACACUACAUAACAGACUCUAUAACACUACAUAAGACUCUAUAACACUACAUAAGACUCUAUAACACUACAUAAGACUCUAUAACACUACAUAAGACUCUAUAACACUACAUAACAUACUCUAUAACACUACAUAAGACUAUAUAACACUACAUAGACUCUAUAACACUGCAUAAUACUCUAUAACACUACAUAGACUCUAUAACACAGUAACUUCCAGUGGUCAUUACCAUGUGUUUACCCUGUAACUAACCAGUAUGUACAGCCUGAUAGGGGAGGGACAUGCUAUACUCCACAUAUGCUCUUUAACGCUAUACAUUUUAUGGUAACUACCAUAAUAACACUGGAUGUUGUUCUGUAGGAGUCAGUGGAGCUGCCCCUCACCCACCCUGAGUACUAUGAGGAGAUGGGCAUUAAGCCUCCUAAAGGAGUCAUCCUCUACGGAGCACCUGGCACUGGUGAGUUAGAUCAACAUUUAACAAUUCACAUUCAUCUACAUUCAUCUGUUUUAGAAAAAUGUUUCUGGUCAUUCAAACUGGAAAUUAUUUCCAAAGCUUCUCAAAACUGUUUACACAACAAGAAGCAUCCAAACAAUGUACAUAAUCCCUAAGACAUGCAUAGCAACAAACAGUAUGUACAGGGUAACAGACAUUGACAUCCUAUUACGUAAUGUGCCGUGUGUGUGUGUGUGAGCCUGUUUGUGUCUCUCUGCUGAUGUCUCUGUGUUCCUCUCUCUCUGUGUUAGGUAAGACCCUGCUGGCCAAGGCGGUGGCCAACCAGACGUCAGCUACGUUUCUGCGUGUGGUGGGCUCUGAGCUGAUCCAGAAGUACCUUGGGGACGGGCCCAAGCUGGUCCGAGAGCUGUUCAGGGUGGCCGAGGAACACGCACCCUCCAUCGUCUUCAUCGAUGAGAUAGACGCCAUCGGCACUAAAAGGUACUAAUUCACUAUAACCUUGUUAAAAUACUUCCAACUGGAUCCACUGAUAAAAACAUGGCUCUUGAAAUGACCAGAGUUGUGUUCAUUAGGCACGGAAGUGGAAGGAAACGGACUGAAACAGGGAGGGACUACCUGGACACAAAUGUUUAUUUUCCAUUGCAAAACUUUUUAGAACUUCCUCUGUUGUGUGCCCUAAUGAACACAACCCAGGACUGUUUCUCUGCUCUGGGACUGACCACUGUGUGUUUCUCUCACUCAAAGAUAUGACUCUAACUCUGGAGGAGAAAGGGAGAUCCAGAGGACUUUGCUGGAGCUUCUCAACCAGCUGGAUGGUUUUGACUCAAGAGGAGACGUGAAGGUGAUCAUGGCCACCAACAGGAUAGAGACUCUGGACCCUGCCCUCAUCAGGCCUGGUAAGAUGCUCUCAGGAGUAUCUGUAAAAUUGAGCCUAUUUUGAUAUUUGAUAUUUAAAUGGACCAGUAGAGCUGUACACUUGGACGGAUAAAACGACCUCAGUUGAAGUGUAUAUUGAGGGUCAAGAUUCUACUAUACAAUUAAUGCAGAUUAAUUUCCUCAUUCUGAACUCCAUCUCUUGACCUUUAUUAGUGAACAUGGAGCUCUCAAAACUCUUCUACACAACUCAAAUCAAAAGCAACAGCAUUCACUGAAGCCAUUUGAGCAAAGCAGCCUUUAUCUCCCCACACUGUUGAGUCCAUGUCAAUAAGUAUUCUAUUCUAGAAUCAGAAUGAGUAGAAACCGAACAGCCAUUUUUUUUGUGAUGUUCCAUGCCCUCCUCACCCCCUGGUUAUGUGGUUCUUCCAGGGCGUAUUGACAGGAAGAUAGAGUUCCCUCUGCCUGAUGAGAAGACCAAGAGGAGGAUCUUCAACAUCCACACCAGCAGGAUGACCGUAGCAGACGACGUCACCCUGGACGACCUGAUCUUGGCUAAAGAUGACCUAUCAGGAGCUGACAUCAAGGUAAUAUGGCUGGCCAGGGUUUCCUCUACUACCACCACUGUUAAAGGUGGGGUAGGUGGGCCCCAAUCUAGGUAAUCGGCGUGUGUGAGGUGAUCCGUUUGAACAAGGCGAGAUGCAGAAUUGCUGAUCUUGAUCACAUAAUGAGGAGUUCUUCAGGAUGCAAGGUGAUUAGUAAUUCUGCGCACUCUGACUGUAAUGUAGUUGAUCUCAAACACACACUAUGGCAGUCAAGGGUUUCCACUACCAAUACUUAAGUGAGGUAGCCUCCCCAAUCAAGCACUGUGCAUGCCCAAAAAGUACUGGCCUCUAUUGGUUUCAAUUGAAUGUUGUGUUUUUUUUAGCCCCAAGUGUUGCCUUAUGGAUGUUUGAAAACCACCUAGGGGAAACAGGACUGUAGAACACAUUAGUGCCUCGAGGUACACCAGAGGGGUAGGAUGUUUGGAACAUAAGUUCCCACUGACUUGACUGUGCUGCCCUCUUGUGGGAGCUCUUUGCUUUUACAAUACAGCCUUUGUUCUUCUGUCAUUCCUAUGUUCCCACUACAUUUAUUUUACCGUGUUAAAUCAGUGAUAUUUGAAAGAAAUGGAGGCAAGAGGAUGCAGCUUGAAACUGUCUGAACAGGGCCCUUUUUCUGUAAUCUACUGAGACUAACCUGAACCUGUCUUCUCCUCCAGGCCAUCUGUACUGAGGCUGGCCUCAUGGCCCUUAGAGAGCGCAGGAUGAAGGUCACCAACGAGGACUUCAAGAAGUCCAAGGAGAAUGUGCUGUACAAGAAGCAGGAGGGCACGCCGGAGGGCCUGUACCUCUAACCUCUGACCUAUAACCCCUGACCUGCCUGCGGUGUGAAAGAGAGGAGUCUGGCUGUCUCCUCACAGAACAGAGAGUUUUGAUAUAUUUUGUUGCAUGUUACGUUGGACUCAACACUCCCACUGUCUACCUUUUAUGUGCUAUGAUAUGACAGACAAUAAAUACAAGAAUUUGAAUGUGAGAGAA